AUGACAACAUCCGCGCCGCUCGAGUUCUACGAUCUCGUCCCGCAGCCCGGCGGACCGUUCUUCUCGCCCGCCACCACGCGCGCCCGACUCGCGCUCUUGCACAAGGGUGUCCCCUUCAAGGUCACGGAACUCACGUAUAAGGAUCUUCGAACCGGGCCGUACCGCGACCUCGCUGGCGCCGGCGAUGAUGGCGUCGUGACCGUGCCGUUCAUCAAGCGCCCGGACGGCACGUACUUGCGCGAUAGCCUGGCCAUCAUGCGCUGGCUCGAUGAAGCAUAUCCGGAGAAGCCAUCCGUGGUUGCACCCGGUGACGCUCGCUCGGAGGAGUACGCCAAGGUGUACGACGAGUUUCUUGCAUUUCGGCGUGAAAUCUCCGAUGAGGAGACGUGGACUGCGCAUUGGACGCUGUAUUGCGUUCCCGUAUGCGAGAUGUUUGACAAGACCGGCGAAGAUAAUGACUUCGAGUACUGGACAUUUGCUGCACGGCUUGGAGAAGGGACAUACGACAGCUGUGUGGCUACGUACAAUGAACCUGCUUCGAAGGCGAGUUUAAUCGGAAGCGUCAACGUCGGCAUGGUCGACAAGCUCGACGCGAUCCUGGAGAAGCAGAAGUGGCUUCAGGGAGAGGAUGGGCCGGGCAUCAAGGACUUCCAUGCUAUGGGCAUCGUACGUAUGGCCGCAGCCACCUCUCGCGCCAACUACGAUGCUACGUUCGGACGCACCACACCAGGACACACUGCUCAAUGGGUAGAGCGCAUCAAUGAGCGGUACGCGCGUGGAGAGCGUCCAGGCGUAGGUAUGGAAGAAGUGGUAGUGCGCGACGCACGAUGA